AUGACCGGCGAGACGGCGACCGCACCAGCAGUGAAAGCGGUGGCAACAACGGCUGCAGUCGAUGAGAAGUCAAAGUUUGCUGUACCCGAUUGGGCAAGUCGACCACCACCUGGAUCACAUUUGGAUGUUUGCAAAGGGGAACAACUGAUACAGAAGCUGAUGGUAGAUGAAAAACGAGCAUACUAUUUCGGUCGGAAUCCCAAGCAGGUCGAUUUCGCUGUUGAGCAUGCAUCAUGCUCCAGAGUACACGCUUUGUUGCUCUAUCACGGUAUCCUGAAGCGAUUCGCUCUGGUUGACACUGACAUGGAGAGCAAAUAUGCUUGA